AUGAAAGAACGAAAUGUCUUGUUUGAAAUAGAGAAAUACGAAACGUAUAUCAACGAAGUAUUGAAAUCAGAUCUGAAUAAAAUUUGCUCGCAAUUAGAUGAAGUGAAUACAGACAUAGCUGAAUACCAAUCACUGCAAAAGACCAUAAAUUUACUUCAAGAAUUCAAAGAUAAAAAUCAAGUAUACAAAACUAUGAUGGAUAUAGGAUGUAAUUUUUUCAUGGAAACUCGUGUCAACGAUUUAUCUCACAUUUUACUCGAUAUCGGUCAAGGAUGUUAUUUAGAAUUCACAUUAGUCGAAGCUUUAAAAUUUCUCGAAAAUAAGCUGAAGUUUUUAACCAACAGGCAGGAUUCUCUGCAUGAAAAAAGUGCCAAAAUAAAAGCUCAUAUCAAACUAAUGUUACUAUAUGUGAAUCAACUUAACGAUAGCCAUAAACCGACGUGA